AGUACAAAGGUAUUCAUGCUUAUAACGCAGUUUGUAUUCUGUUAUGUAUACGUGUCUGCCUCGGCUCCUCCCUUCGCUCGGCACCUGCAUGUGAACCCUCCUCGGUCCCACCCCGCCGGGGUGCGGUCCGAGGGUGGAGUUCACUCCGCCGCCGCUUCUCUGCUGCAGUUCGCCUGUCAACCAACUAGGUACGCAUCGCUGAGUCGAGCCGCGCUUGUCCUCCGUGUCGGGACCUUUUUCGGAAAGUGGUUCAAUCGAUCCAUUCAAGAGGGGCUCCGAACUGGGAAGAUGAUGGCUCCCGAGCCGCUGAAAUCCGCGAUGAUGAACCAAAGCGCCGAGGACACGUCGCUCGCGCUGCCCAACGACAACAAGCUGCGCUCGGGACAGCAGCGCGUGCUGGAUCAGGUGCACACCAUCAAAAGGAGCAAGUCCAAGCAGGGGAAGAACGGCACAAUGUCUCUUUCACCAACAAGCCCAGUUCAGACUUUGACAGUAAAUGAAUUUGGAUCAUUCAAGUUUUCUCCAGUGAAAGCAAACGGCACCUUCGGCCGCAUCAACUCCACUACGUCAACAAGCUACAACAAAGCGGUUAAAGGUCAGAAGAGUCGCUCUCUGUCCAGUAAAACUCAGAGACAUUUCAGCAGCUCAGGCACAUGGGAACACCAAAUCAGCUCUUCCUCCUGGCCCAAGAGUCCCAAUGGGCUGAAACCCAGUCGCAGUGACCCCUCCUUGGCUCCUCCGUUUUCUCCUGCUCCUGCUCCUGCUCCUGCCCCUGCUCCUGCUCCUGCUCCUGCUCCUGCUCCUGCUCCUGCAGCUGCACUCCUUAUGAGAGCCCGUGGGCAGACUGUCCAAAGCCAGCAGACCUUCCAGAGUCGAGUAAGUAGACACAGCACCUAUUCUAUCGCCAACGGGUCUCAGAUGACCAACAGCCAGACCCGCAUUGUCCGUCCACCUUCUGCUCAGUCUCAAACUGACGGCAAGAUGGGUACCAUCAAAGCAUCCAAGAUGGAGCAGCAGUCAGCGGUGAACAGUACGAUAACUAUGUCGGACCUGACCCUGAAGGAAGCUGUCGAGUACUUGUCUCACCUUGAAGAGAAUUACCAACAGUGUGGCGCCUCCUUCAUCCAACACGCUACUUUCAAAGAGGAGCGCACCAAACAGGAGGUCUUCCAGCUAGGAGGUAUCCCCACUCUGGUGUCCCUGCUGCGGAGCCCCAACACUGGGGUGAGCCAGGCUGCUGCUGGGGCUCUGAGGAACCUGGUGUUCAAACAUCAGGACAACAAGCUGGAGGUUCAGCGCUGUGGUGGUAUAGCUAAGGCCCUGCAGCUGCUGAAGGAGACAGAUUCUUCUGAGACCCAGAAACAAAUCACUGGCCUGCUAUGGAACCUGUCCUCUGCCGAUGAGCUGAAGGCGGAACUUAUAGCUACAGCACUGCCUGCCCUGACCGAGAAUGUGGUGGUGCCAUUCACCUGUUGGUCAGACAACAGCGCCAACAACAACAUACACCCUGAUGUCUUCUACAACGCCACAGGGUGCCUGCGGAACCUGAGCUGUGCCCAGCAGAAGGAGAGGCGGGCAAUGAGAGAGUGCCGGGGCCUCAUUGACUCCCUCAUGAGUUACAUCCAGUCCUGUGUGGCAGAGGAAAACCCCGAUGACAAGUCUGUGGAGAACUGUGCAUGCAUCCUCCAUAACCUGACAUACCAGUUGGAGGCCGAGUGCCCUGAAUGUUUCAGCAAGUUUCAACCUAAGACAGAGGACCAGUCUGGAAAGAAGAGCCCAACGAUUGGAUGCUUCAGCCCCAAGAGCACCAAGGCACAAAAGGAGUUUUCAUUUGAUGCAGGAAUGCUAGAGGCCAGUGCCCCAUCAGGUGUGAAGUGGUUGUGCCACCCCUCAGCCAUGCAGACCUACCUGACUCUGCUGGGCUCGUCACAGAAAGAUGCCACCCUGGAAGCCUCCUGUGGUGCCCUGCAGAACCUCACUGCCAGCAAGGCACUGGGGUCGAAUGCCAUGAGCCAGAUUCUGGUUCAAAAGUUGGGAGCUUUGGCACAUGUGUCCCCUCUCUUAAAGUCUCCCAACCACAGCCUGCAGAAGAGCGUCAUGUCUCUGCUUGGCAACAUGUCUCGGUCCAGCAGUUUGCAGAGCACCAUGGCAAAGAAGAUGCUGCCUGACCUCACCAGCCUCCUGUCCUCUAGCCCCCGGGAGAUGGGAAACUCUGAUGAGACUAUAGCAACAGCUUGCAGCACAGUACGGACACUGUUGUUGGCAGAUACUGAGAUCAGCAAGAAGGUCAUUAAUAAUGAACUGAUAUCAUCACUAGCUGACCUCAGCGAGAAUAGAGCUUUCCCCAAAGGCAGCAAAGCGGCUUCCCUGCUCCUCUACAGCUUAUGGAAUGAGAAGAAUUUACAAGGUGUUGUGAAAAAGAUGGGGAUAAGCAAAUCGCUUUUCGUCAAUGACAACACCACAGCAGCUCACAGGUCGGUGCAAGUUAUCGAGUGAGCGUAAUUAACAAGCAGACCCGCACCACAGAGCAGAGAGAUGGAAACCGGCAUGUUCAGACACUGUUGUGGCCACACCCUUGGAACGAGGAGAGUAAAAUUACAUGUUUCACAUGACAACUCCAAAUGUCUUAUGGUGUACAUACUAUAGAGAAAGGAGAGCUUUUAAUUUGAUGAAUAAUCCUGCGGCGUUGUAUGUAUUUAAUUUGGAUAUGUUUCUGUGUGUGUAUAUAAGCAGGUGAGUGUGUUUUUGGCAGGUUAAGUGUGUGAGCAAAGAAACCCAGUUCUUACAGCUUUGGAACCACAAUGCAGCAGUGGAUAAUGUGGAGACACAAUGUUACCUGCAGUGAAGCUUAUUUAGAUUCAUUAAAGGUAUUUUUGUCAAAUGUGUCUGUCUGCAUUGGCUAAAAGAGUGUCUAAAAAGUGUCUAUUGUGACUGUGAGGACUGAGCAUCCAAACAUGAAAGAAAUAAGAAAUAUCUUUGAAAAGCUUAAGAGAAAUGACUGCAUUUGUGAUCUUGUAUGUCUAAAGGGUCCCCUUCAUAAGUUUAUAACAAUUUAUAACAACAACUCUUUUUAAGUAUAUUUUUUUUGUCUGUGUGCCUUAUUGAAUUAAGUAGAUUAUGUUCAAUGCGCUUUAUAUUACUGACUGAGCAAACCCUCAGUGCAUGUAACACGAAAGAACGACUUGGAUUUCCAAGGUUUCCGUGCAAAAGCACAGAAGAAAUGCUACAUUUCUGAGGUUUGAUACAGUGUGGUGGAUUUAAAGUUACUUUAUUAUUGGUUCUCUUAUUUUUGUUUUGUUAAUAAAUAACAAAAAAAAUCUUUUAGCCUAAACGCUUAAACAGUUAAAGGAAUAGUUAGGCAUUUUGGGAAAUGCACUUGUUUGCUUUCUUGUGAGUUAAUGAAAAAGUCGAUACCACUCUUAUGUCUGUACAUUCAUUAUGAGGCUGCAGCCAGCAGCUUGUUAGCUUAGCGCAAAGACAAAGAAUAGGCAGAAACAGCUAAUCUGGCUCCACCCAAAGGCAACAAAGUCCACCUAACAUUAUAUCUUGUGUGUUUAAUCUCAGCAAAAACUGAGGUGUUAAAAAGAAACCAUGUUGUUUUACAGAGUUUAUGGGACCUGUAAAGCCACACUGCGUUGUUUUUACACUUUUAUUAGGCUAUAUACACAAUAUGUUAGUGGAAAUAUGUCACCUCUUAAACAAGAUAAAGUGUUCCAGUGCUAAAGCAAGCUGAACAGCUGCCAGCACCAGCUUCAUAUUCAUAGGACAGAUGUGAGAGUGGAGAAAGUCAUUAAGCACAUUUCCCAAAGUACUGAACUUUGCUUUUAAGAUGCCGUUCUAAGAGUCUUAUUCUUUUCUGUUGCUUUGUUAUUAACUUGGCUAUUGAUUUUUUUUCAUAUUGGUUGCUGAAUUGGAGAUGGAAGGAUUGGAAUAUAGCCAGCGUAAAGUAUACAGGUGCCCAUUCACUUUGACUAACUAUGUACAGAAAUUUGGCAUGAGAAAUUCACUUUGAACUGUAUCAAUAAUCGACAGAGCCUGACACAGUCAGUGUUCACUGCUGGCUGCACAAUGAGAGUCUUUUAUGUGCUCUUUGAUUUAAUUCAAGGGAACACACUAAGGAGUUAAUGAAGGGGCUUCAAACGGUCUAAUGAAUUAUGAUCUGUGUGCAACACCUCAGAUGAAAAUAGUUGCACAUUCAAAUAUAUAGUGUUUAAAUGUUUUAUUUAGCAAUGGACAUGCGCUUCUACAUCUAAAGCUUUUCAUUGUAAACACAAUAAUGUAUUAUUUUCUACUUAACCAAAGUUUUUAGGGCCUACCACAGGGUAUUUGUUCUCAUAACCAAACUGCAGCUUUGUUUACCGAAACAGGUUUAAAAUCAGCUUAAAAACUCUUGCAUUCCUGCAAAGAGAUGAGAUGGUUUGCACCUGUGGGGAUUCCCUGUGGUUCCAACAAUAAACCACAGCGGACUGCUUUUACACUUGAGAUAUAUAGUCACGCUGAGGUUAAUUUGCCUCGGGCAAGACUGAUGUCAGUAUUGCUUAGAAUGUAUUUUUGGAGAAAUGUGUGUGGCUUAUCAUUAAGAGCUGUCCUUGUCAUUCGGUCUUUUCCUAGAAUAAAUGACACAUAUGGAAACAACA